AUGGCUAUCACUCAGCUCACUAGCGCUAGUGACUUCAAGAAGUUCAUUUCCGAGCACAGGUUAUCUAUUGUGCACUUCUACGCGCCAUGGGCGGCUUCUUGCGAGCAAGUGAACAAGGUUUUAAAGGACCUGGAGGAGGACGCGAAGUCGAUUCCUUCCGUGGGAUUUGCAUUUAUUGAUGCAGAGGGUGUAGCAGAAGUUUCUGCAACGCAUUCGAUCGCAGCUGCUCCGACGGUGGUGUACUUCAAGGAUGGGAAAGAGGUGGAUCGCGUGAACGGUUACAAGCCAAGUGAACUGGAGAUGAAGCUAACCAAACAUUCUUUCGAUAUUGCAGCAGCACCGCUUAAUUCGCAGCCGAAACCUAAAGAGGUAUGGUGUUCCUUGUUUAUCGUAUGGAAAUUCUGUAUAGAUGUACCCUCCCAUUGUGCCCUG